CCCAACCACUCACACUCACACUCCCACCAACCACUCCCACUCCCACUCCGCGUCUCCGCUCCCAUCGAAGGCGGAAGCUUCCAGGAGCUAGGGUUUUCCGUACCGAUGGCCGUCGCCGACGCGGUGCUGCCCUCGCCGCCGCAGAUCGUCGUCGCGGUGCUGGCGCUCGUGCGCUUCGUCCUCGACCCGCUGCCGGCGCUCGGGCGCGCCCUCCCCGUCGUGGCGGGGGUCCUCCGCUACCUUUGCUUCACCGUUGCGUGGAUUCUCUCCGUGGCCGAGGCUGCCAAGGUGGUGGCGCGCCGCGCCUGGGGCGAGGGCCCCGCCUCCUUCCUCUUCCUCAAGACGCUCACGGACUGGGCUUUCCUGGUCUUGGCCUGCAGCUCCCUUGUCUCGCUCGCGCUUGCCGCGCUGCUCUUGUGCGUCCUCUGCGUGGCGUCCGCGGUUGCAGUUCUAUCUGGAUCCGGUUCAGAAUUCAAGAAGGGUGCCUUGGGAGCAAUCAAGUGGGAGUUGGCUCCAGACUCGUACAGGCUACCCCGCGUUGUGGUGCUUGGAUUGAUCGCAGAUGUGUCAUUCUUCCUCCUAUUUGGCGCCGGUCUUCUGUUAGCGACGUUGUCGCAUGUGGAGGGAUCGAUAUCUCACGGAGAAAUGGUCGGUUCUGUACUCAAGGAUGUGGGGAUAAUUGGUUUCAACGCAAUAUCCUGCUUUUUUGUCAUUCCAGCUCAAGCACUUGGUGCCUGGAGGCAGGACCGGGCGGACAGCAAAGCACCAUCGCAAUUUUGUUGAGGUAUAUACAUAGAUCUCUUCCCCUUUGCUUUGAAAUGUGCAUAUCAAUUCAAAAGAUCACCAAGUAGAUAAUUAUACUCCUAUAUAUAUGACCACAAGGCUCAAGCAAUACAACGAACAAUUUCACCAAUCCUUUUUCUCCCUUCUAACAUGGUAUCUAUCGCAAUUCGAUCCUAAACCCUAGCCGCCGCCGCUUCCGCACCUACGC